AUGGCCAUCGAGAACCGCGCAUACGACUUCCUCGUCAAGGUCGUGCUCAUCGGGGACUCCGGUGUCGGAAAGUCGUGCGUCAUUUCUCCUUGCCUUGCUGUCACUUUCCCCAACUCUUAUCUUUCCCUACCCUCUGCGCUGGCAGUUCUCUCGAGAUUCACGCGGGGCGAGUUUAAUCCAGACUCGAAGUCGACGAUUGGCGUGGAGUUCGCAACGAAGUCGCUGGAGAUCGACGGGAAGAUCGUGAAGGGGCAGAUUUGGGACACCGCCGGACAAGAACGAUUCCGGGCCCUCACAGCAGCAUACUACCGCGGCUCGGCGGGCGCCCUCAUCGUCUACGACAUCACCUCACGCCCCUCGUUCGAGGCCGUCCCACAAUGGAUCCAGGAGUUGAAGAACAACAUCAAGGUGGACGACGGCAACAUGCAGCUCAUGCUUGUCGGCAACAAGAGCGAUCUUGCGCAUUGGCGCGCAGUAAGCACGGACGAGGGCACAGCGCUCGCGGAGGAGUACAAGAUGAGCUUCAUGGAGACGAGUGCGCUGGAUGCGAGCGGAGUCGAAGAGGCUUUUGGGACGAUACUGAAGGAUAUCUACGGCGUGCUGUCGCGGCGACCGACUGAUGACUCUUCGUCGGGCCCGCAGGUCGACACAUCCAAGCUGUCGGGGACAACGAUCACGCCCGGACCGAAUUCGGCGCAGACAGGGAAGUGUUGUUAG